UUUCUAAAAAUCAGUUAAUUGCACACAAAAAGUUGUAAAUAUGCUCUUGUAAAAUUAUGAAUUGGAUGGAUCUGUCGCAAUUAGAAUUUACGGCGAUUUCGAUGACGACUAGUUCGGUUUUUUGAAUGUUUGGUUACGAUGGGUUUUGGAGACGGAAAGAGGGUCUUUCUCGUUCUCUGGGUGGUGAGGGUCAGGGGAGUCAGACCGGAUGUCUGAUUCCGACUCUUAAUGCAAACCCUAUACUGGUAUCGGAUCUUAGUUUCUUCAAAGAGGAUUCGAUACGAUCGGGAUUUGGAGAUUUGGUUUGGUUGGCUAUAUCCAAUCGAUUUGGGGUUAUUGGAAGUAUCGAGUCUGAAGAUUUGAUUUUGAUUUUGAUUUCGGAUCUGUUUUUGGUUGCGUCGGUAUUGAAGAUGGAGAUAUCGUAUCGGGGCUUUAUGAAAAAGAUUAUAUGGUGGUCUUCUUUCUAUUUACUGAUGAUUAGCGGAUGGAGAUUUGAUUGUGAUCGGAUAGUCGACGGUAGUUAUGGAAUCUGGAGGACUGGAGUAUCUCAAGAUUUGUCUCGUAUCUCAGGAUUGAGAUUCCGACUGGCUUUGAUACGGUUCAUUAUUGGGAUAUAUUUGAUUCGAUUUGCUUCCGCUUAUGAGUUGAGGACAGUUGAUAAGGUCCUUACGUUUUCUUUUUGCGGCGAACCAUGGCUCAACUAGCUCUCAACAAGGGUAAAUUAUCUCUGGUCCGCACGGAAACUGUGACGAUUUCCAAUUCAGUUUUGGCCCAGAGAAUCCAGCAGUUCUCAAUGACGCUCAUUGGGAGGCUAAUGAAUCCUGCCUGUCAGAACAUGGAGUCUCUGAUUGCUAACUUCCCCAAAAUUUGGAAACUAGAGGAGAAGGUUGUGGGAGCAGACCUUGGACAAGGCGUCUUCCAGUUCAAUUUCGAGGAUGAAGAGGAUCUUUUGUCUGUUCUUCAGAAUGGACCAUACCAUUUUGAUAGUUGGAUGGUGUCUCUUGUGCGUUGGGAGCCAGUCAUUUCCUCCUCUUAUCCGUCGGUGAUAAACUUCUGGGUUAAGGUGUCAGGAAUACCUAUGCAUCUGUGGGAGGUGGCUACAUUAGAAGCCAUUGGUAAGAAGAUUGGGAAGAUCCAAGAGGUUGAUGAGGAGUCAGUUAACAGGUGUUUGUGAUCAUUGCUCUCGAAUUACGCAUGACUCAAAAGUCUGUCCAGAGUUGCUCAAGGUUGGAUCGGGUCAAGGUCCUGCUGAGAAGAUGGAGAGUAGGGGUGGUCAAAGGCAUCUCCAUGGAGUCAAACAGGAACAACAUCACAACGCUGGGGGUUGGGAAAAACCUAGAAAACAGGCUAAGCGUGCUCUAGACUUUCAGUCUGCGGAUUAUGGUGAUCAGGGUUACUUUCCGCAGCAACUUUUUGGUGGUAGUGGUCCUCACGGUCCGAGACAGUAUGAGCGUUCGCAGGGUUUGGCUUGGGGUCAAAGGAGAAACUUCGGUGAGGUUGUUACUGAUGAUGGAUUUCGCCGUGGCUUUCAAAAGGGAAGUGGCGAGUCAUCGGGAAAGGGCUCCGGGUUUCAUUUAAACAGAAAGGGUACUGGGCCAGCUUGGCCCAAACCUUUGUUUAAAGUGAAACAGGCCUCAGCUGCGAAGCAGGCUUUUCUGGGUCUCGAUGCCAAUUUGGGUGAUUCUGGCAACCAUGUUCUGCAAGAGGCUAGGGAUCAGGAGGGAAGUGAUACUAAGGGGGAUGCGGGGGCGUCUCUAGAUAUGGAUUUCGAGGUUGAAAACGAUGAUCUCUUGGAGGAUGGUGAGUUUGGUGAUACUGAUAAGGGCGAUCACAAUGGUGCUCAGGACGAGGUCGUCCCUCCUGUCCAGGGAGCUGACUCACACCCUAGUCACGGAGCUGAUAUCCAAGGUGAUCAAGGGCUCGACGUUCAGGAUAAGUCUGGAAGUGGUCCACAAGGUAAAAUUAUUAAUUCUGAUUCGCUGGAUUUAGCCGUGGGGGUUGUUAAUAGUGCAUUGGCAGUUCUUACUUUUGGUGAUACAAGUGGUCAAAAGGGGAGUACGUUUAGUUCAUAUGGUAGAAGGAAUGCGUGUAGUACUAGAGUAGUUCCUGUGGUUUUGGCUUCUCCAGGGAAACGCUUACUUGCUAAGGCCUUGUCUAAACCUGCAGGUGAUGGACAUAAACAGAAGCAGCUGGGGAAAUCGGGUACUAAUAAAGUGGACGGUAAACCUUCGGAUGGGGGUCGUCCAAGCAAGAAAGGGAUGGGGGCUCUCCCGAAACCGCCGGCUCGAACGUGAAGAUUUUGAGUUGGAACUGUCAGGGCAUUGGGGUGGAUCUGACAGAAGGAUAUUUGGGAGAUUUGUGGAAGCAGCAUAAGCCAGAUAUUUUAUUUUUAUCAGAAACUAAAAAAUGUUUUUCUUAUUUACAAAAAUAUCAGAAGAAGUUUGGUUAUAAUAACUUGUAUUCAGUUGACCCCCUUGGUUCUAGGGGUGGGUUAGCUUUAUUUUUCAAGGAUGAAAUAAAAUUAUCUAUUUUAUA